UAUUUGCAGUGCAUGUCAGGCACUAGCGCUGUGAAUUCGCGCUGCUCACACACAUACCUAGACCGACAACAUGAUUUCACUGAGAAAACAACCACUUACCUGGCAAUCCCAAAGCCAAGAAGUCGGACCGAUGGACGAAAAGGCUACAAAAGUACAAUCGUUGAUAAGGCUGUGCCGCAGUCGUGUCUCGGCGCGUUCCCCACAUCUGAGACGGGAACGGAGAUCACAACAUUCUCCCAGAUGAUCGCCUCACAAAUGGCUGGUUUAAGACCAUCAUCUCUGUACUAUAUGUACGUUCUCCUGGCUGCCAUCAAAGUCCCCGCAGUUGAUCUCCAUCGUCUCAUCAGCAACCCACGGAAAGCUUAGCAUCGACUUACAACCCUUCGUCUUGCGGCUAACAGAUAAUACCAACAUCAUGGGCUUUGAGCAAGUGAUCAAGGCUCUCAGGAACAGCCUUCCCGCCUCAAACCUCUUCUUUGAGGGGGAUAGGGAGUAUGAGGCACUCAACGGGUCGUACCUCUCCGCCAUGGAGAGCGAUAUCAGACCCGCCGCUAUUUUCCGACCCGAAAGCAGGAAACAGGUUGCCAAGUUCGUCAAGAUUAUGAGGCCGUUUGCCCUUGGCGAGCAUGGCGAAGAGGCCACGGUCCGAUUUGCCAUCCGCAGCGGCGGACAGCAACCACUCCCAGGUGUCGCCAACAUUGAGGGCGGCAUUACACUGGACCUCGGUCUCCUUAAUUCAGUUGAGCUCCAGAAGAACGGGAAACAAACAGUUGUUUCAGUUGGCGCAGGUGCUCGAUGGGGCGCGGUCUACGACAAGCUGGACGGCACAGGACUGGGUGUCACGGGUGUUCGUUCUGCCUCUGGUGGUGUUGGUGGAUUGUCUUUGACUGGCGGUGUCUCGUUCUUCUCCUCCCGCGAAGGGUUUGUCUGCGACAAUGUUCUCAACUACGAGGUUGUCCUCGCCUCAGGAGAGAUUGUCAAUGCCAACGAGCAUGAAAACAGCGACUUGUGGAUUUCCCUCCGCGGAGGUGGCAACAACUUUGGGGUUGUCACACGUUUCGAUUUCAGGACAUUCCCUCAGCCCGGGAAAUUCUGGGGCGGCAGUGUUUUCUAUUUUCUCUCUAGCUGGCCAUAUCACGUCGGUGCCCUCCUGUCAGAGCUCCGGAAAAAGGAUGCCGCCGACCCAAACGCCCACGUUCAGUUGAGCAUCGGUUACUCUUCCCAGUUUGCUCAGUUUGCAUGCCAGAGCCAGCUGUCUUACACUGGAGCGGACGCCACUGAGAGCAUGCCUGAGGUGCUCAAACCGUGGGCAGAUAGGCACCCUCAAAUUGAGCAGUUGAACUCGGUCAGGUUGAUGACGCUCAAAGAGGCGGUGUCAGAACAGCCAGCAGAAUCAAAAGGCAACGUUCGAUGCGCCUACAUGAACGUGACAGUCAAGGCCGACGCGCCCACGCUCUUUGAGGCGACUGAAAUCUUCACCAACUCCCUUGAGAGCGUCAAGGCAUGCUCCGGACUCAUGUCUUCUCUCACAUUCCAGCCAUACUCGGUCCAUACUCUCCGGCAAACAGUCCGCCACGGCGGUAAUUCACUCGGUCUCGACCCCUUAGACGGACCGUUCAUUAACAUCAUGGUAUCGACGUACUGGAACAAGAAGUCUGACGAUGCUGCCAUCCUCAAGUACAUGAGCAAUGCGACAAGCUACAUGAGGAGGGAGGCUCAAAGGAGGAACAAGCUGGUGCCUUUCGUAUCCAUGAACCAUGCCUGGACUCAUCAAGACGUUAUUGAGUGCUACGGAGAGGAGAACAAGAGGGCGCUGCAGGAGACAAGUAUCAAGUACGAUCCCCAGGGACUGUUCCAAAGAGGCGUCCCAGGGGGAUUCAAGCUUUUCAACCGGAAAUGAGCCGUUUCUUUGCUGACUAAAUUUUCUCUCACAUGUCUGGGCGUUCAUCAUGGUUUGGGUUCGGUUUCUCAAGGAUACACUACAGUCGUAACUAUUAUCUACC